AUGACCAACGAAACACUACAGAAGAUGACAGAGACGAUCUUCCACGCUAGCAACACCACAGUCUCCAUCCGAAGCGAGGAGAGGGUAAGAACUACGUACGGUAUGAUCGUAAGCGAGGGUAAUAAAUCUUACAAGGAUGUCCUGGGGAAGGCAGGAACUCAAACCGGAAUAGUCAAUGGCGAAGAGGAAGAAAGGGAAAAGAGAAAGAAAUUACUUAAGACCUUAAAUGAAGGGAGAACGUUUGAAGAAAUCACCCCUUUCCUAGACGAGAAAUGGCCAGAAGAUUUAUUUGAGAGAACGAAAGAAGAACAGGGUAAUCCUAUCAAAGAGGGAAAAGAAAGAGAUGUAGCGAUACUAGCCGACCCGAAUAAAGACGCUACUGGACUAGCGGAACUAGUGAUGGAUGAGAAUCCAGAAACGCGAGAAAUCCUCACAACAAUGUUAAGAACGGAAGUUGAAUACCUAUCGAAAACGACAAAUAUUACCACGGGAAAGGGAAAAAAGAUCAGAAAAGACAAGUUCAUCUUUCUACUUCCAACCCAGGUAGACAAGAAUGGGAUAAACGAUUUGGAGGAGAUAUACAACUCACUAGUGAAACUUCGGCAGAUGAUGGAAGACACAAAGAGUAAAACCGCUACGAUUGCCCUCGUAGAGGAAAUAGAUAAGAGAUACUGCAGGAAGAUACUCGAGUACGUCUUUAGAAGUACAGACGUAAUACUCUACUGCCAACCAGGGAAAAGGCAACAAAAGAGGAACGAAAACGGCUUCGUGACAGUGAGGACGGGGGAAAAAAGCUACGCGGAACUGCUCAAGCAAAUAAAAACGGAAGUAGAUCUGGGAGCCAAUAAAGUAGACAUAAGGAAAAUAAAGAAAACUGGCAGGGGGGACAUUGUAUUAGCGGUCGAGGGAGGCGAGACAAAAGCGGAAAUCCUAAAGGAUGAAAUCAAGAAAAAAAUAGGAAACGCAGACAUCAGGACAGGAGAAAAGACAACCCUCUUCAUUAUGGGCUUCGACGAGGUUACCCCGGAAGAUGAAGUCGUGGAAGCAAUCAACCAGGAAUUUAAUAUGGUAAAGGGUAUGGUCAAUAUCAUAAAAAUAACAAAAGGAAAGUAUGGCCAGAAUACGGCUACAAUAGAAGUUCCUAGAAGGGAAGGGAAAAAAAUGGUAGCGACAGGCAAAGUAAAAAUAGGGUGGUUGAACUGCAAUAUUAAGGAGAGGAUCCAAAUGGUAAGGUGCUACAAGUGCUUAGAAUAUGGGCACAGAAGGAACGACUGCAAGGCAGCAGUAAACAAAGAGAUAACCUGUCUCAGAUGCGGAGAAGAUGGACAUCUAGUAAAGGACUGCUCAAACAACCCUAGAUGUAUCAAAUGUAAAGUAGAAGGACACCGAAUGAUGAAAGAGAUUCCAAACACACACCUAAGAAGUAAAGAAGCUGCAAAGAAACUUAGAAAAAACGCAAAUGUCUUCGAUAGAACACUAAUAAAAGAAUGGAUGAAAAGUAACAAAAUGGAACCGGUACCAAAAGCAACCUACGACGUUGACAUUCAAACUGACAAAACCAAUACCAUUACCAGUACCGUUGAAAUGGGCACACAAACAGAGGCCUGGACUUUGGAUAAAUUCCUGACGUUAAAUACUCUAGAAGAAGUAAACUCCCUAGAAAUAUGGUCCUCAUGUGAAGGAAGAAAAUGGGAUAACAAACUCUUUACGAACUCAGAAAUAAGAGUAGGAAAUCCAUUGACGACCGAAGACUCUGUAGUGAAAGUCACAAUAGUGGAACCACAUGACCUUAAUAUGGAGAAGAGCAUUCAAAGACUGUUCAAGGACAAGUACCCUGAACUGGGAAAUCUUAAGGAGGAAUUCGAAGUGGUUGACCAAAUAAUUAAGAUAAGAACAAAAAGUCCCAACGAAAUUAUUAACCGGAAAAUAAUAAAAAUAUUACAUAACGGAAACGACCAGGAGCUAUGGAAAAAACAAGGAAAAACUGAAAAGCGAGACCACAGAAGAUAA